AUGAAUCCAUAUGGCUUGACCUUGGAGGACGUGGGCACAAGUAAAGACGACUAUGAGAAGGCGGUAUACUUGGAUAAUUUUGUCACAGAAUUUGAGGACUUUAUGAUGGGCAGUUCAGAUGACGCAAGUACCUCGAAGCACUCUGAUGACCUGUACAAAGUUGAUUAUCGACGUGCGUUGGUGUUUUGGGAUGAGAUUCGGCCAGAGAGGAUACAAGAGAUCAAGAGGAGUCUUGAAGAUACAUGGGAUCCCGAUAUCGAGACUCUGAAAGAGCUUGGUGUUUCGCUAUGGUACGAAGAGGGCGAGGAGAGUGAUAUUGAGUCAGAAACACCAGAAGAUGAGCGUGCCCGAUAUUUUGCCAUGUUUCUGGAGGAUUUAGAUGCUAUUUGA